AUGGACGGUAGGCGGUGGCAUCAAGCUCGCUGGGCCUGGUCUCUGCUGGCCGUGGCACUUGUGGCCGGGGGAAUAGCAUAUGUCGGGGCCACGGACAACAGCCUGGAGGGGGGAGCGGACACCACAGCCUACUGGUGGGGUGAGUGGACCAAGUGGACAGCGUGCUCCCGCAGCUGCGGGGACGGCGUGAUGUCCCAGGAGCGGCACUGCCUGCAGCAGAGGAGGAAGUCUGUGGUGGACGCUGGCAACAGGACCUGCAGCGGCACGUCCAGGCGUUUCCAGCUGUGCCGGGCGCAGGAGUGUCCACCUGACGGGAGGAGUUUCCGGGAGGAACAGUGCGUGUCCUUCAAUUCCCAUGUGUACAACGGAAGGACCUACCAGUGGAAGCCCCUGUACCCCGACGACUACGUACAUAUUUCAAGCAAGCCCUGCGACCUGCACUGCACCACGGCGGACGGCCAGCGGCAGCUCCUGGUGCCUGCCCGGGACGGCACGUCCUGCAAGCUGGCCGACCUGAGAGGGGUUUGCGUGUCUGGAAAAUGUGAGNCCAUCGGCUGUGACGGGGUGCUCUUCUCCACACACACGCUGGACAAGUGCGGCGUCUGCCAAGGCAAUGGGAGCAGCUGCACCCACGUCACCGGCAACUACCGCAAGGGCAAUGCCCACCUGGGGUACUCCCUGGUGACCCACAUCCCUGCCGGCGCCAGACACAUCCAGGUGGUGGAACGGAAGAGGUCAGCUGACGUCCUUGCCCUCGCCGACGAAGCCGGCUACUACUUCUUCAACGGCAACUACAAGGUGGACAGCCCCAAGAACUUCAACAUCGCGGGUACCGUGGUCAAGUACCGGCGGCCCAUGGACAUCUAUGAGACUGGCAUCGAGUACAUUGUGGCCCAGGGGCCCACCAACCAGGGCCUGAAUGUCAUGGUGUGGAAUCAGAACGGCAGGAGCCCCUCCAUCACCUUUGAGUACACGCUGCUGCAGCCGCCGCCGCCGCGCACCCACCGCCUGCCCUCGGGAUACUUCAGCUUCCCCCAGCCAGCGGGCGGGAGCGGUGAGAGCCGGGAGCUGGGUGGCACUGCCCUGCUGGGCUUCGUGAGCCACAAUGGCUCCCUGUACAGCCCCCCGGGGUCUGCGGAGGGCCUGGGCCUGGACCACCAGCUGUUCGGGGCCCCGGGGCCGGAGCUGGGCCUGGCCAGGAGCCCCGAGACCAACGAGGUGUGCGAGGAGGCCAGCGACGGGGUCUGCGAGGGACCUCCCAGGGGCAAGGACUUCCGAGACCACAACGCCACGGGGACUGCUCUCUCGGGGGACCAGGAUGGCCAAGAGGGUGGCGCUCGGUUCACCUCCCAGGAACUCCUAUCGGCCAACGCCAUCUCCGACCGGCUCCUGGGGGCGGGCUCUGACUCCAAGGAGCUGGCCCUCAAUGAGACUGCCAACAGCAUCUCGGUGCAGAGUGGCCCGAGGCGUGGCCCAGCCGAGAGCGUGCCCGUGAACCUGGAGGAGAAAGAGGGCAUGGGCACCCACCUGCUCAACGGCUCCUACUUGGAGCUGAGCAGUGACAGGCUGGCCAACACCUCGUCGGAGGUCCCACUCCCCAACACCAGUGCCAGCCUCCCCAGUGUGGCCGGGAACAGGACCCACAAGGCCAGGACCAGGCCCAAGGCCCGGAAGCAAGGUGUGAGCCCGGCGGACAUGUACCGUUGGAAGCUGUCGUCCCACGAGCCCUGCAGCGCCACCUGCACCACAGGGGUCAUGUCGACGUACGCUAUGUGUGUCCGCUACGAUGGCAUCGAGGUGGACGACAGCUACUGCGAUGCCCUGACGCGCCCUGAGCCUGUGCAUGAGUUCUGCACUGGGAGGGAGUGCCAGCCCAGGUGGGAGACCAGCAGCUGGAGCGAGUGCUCGCGCACCUGCGAUGAGGGCUUCCAGUUCCGCAUUGUGCGCUGCUGGAAGAUGCUGUCGCCCGGCUUCGACAGCUCCGUCUACAGCGACCUGUGUGAGGCAGCCGAGGCCGUGCGCCCGGAGGAGCGCAAGACCUGCCGGAACCCGGCCUGCGGGCCCCAGUGGGAGAUGUCUGAGUGGUCCGAGUGCAACACCACCUGCGGGCGGGGCGUGAAGAGGCGGCUGGUCCUGUGCAUGGAGCUAGCCAACGGGCAGCCGCAGCCACGCAGCGGGCCGGAGUGCGGCCUGGCCAGGAAGCCCGCUGAGGAGAGCACCUGCUUUGAGAGGCCAUGCUUCAAGUGGUACACCAGCCCCUGGUCUGAGCUGGAGGCCGGCAAGGAGCCACUGCCACUUCUGUACCUCUCCAGGCCUGUAGCCUUCUGGCACGAGGGUGUGCAGGAUGGGUGCUCCACCCUGGUGCCACCAGCCCCUGGAAGCCACGGUGCAGGCAGGGAUGCUGGGCUGGACGACAGCUGCCAGGACCAGCCGGGCACCAACUGCGUGCUGGCCAUCAAAGUGAACCUGUGCAGCCAUUGGUACUACAGCAAAGCCUGCUGCCGCUCCUGCAGGCCCGCUCACUCCUAGGCCUGGACCCUCCCAGAACCUUCCAGAAGCUCGCUACCACCGGAGGGAGAGCCCCACCAGCGCACCAGGCCUUUCCCUUGGCCUGGAGGGAGAGCUGGUGCCUAGGGCCACCAGGCCGGAGGAGGACAUUGCAUACAGGAUCGUGAGGACUGAGUUUGUGAGGCCCCAGUCCUCCCUAGCUGGUGCUGCCCCCCCCCUAUGCCCCAGUCUGAGUCCAGGGUCCAAAGCCGCAGGAGGCAGGAGGCGGUGACUGCUAUGUCACACCCAGCCCUUGUCUGGGGCAGCCCUCUCGCUCUGGAGGGCCCAGGGCAGCAAGAGGGUGACGGGCUUCCGUCCAUGGUCCUGCAGGAAGCACAGGGGCCCCAGGAAUUUAUGUCCCUCAGAGCAGCCUCUCUCCCUCCGGGCUGGGGUUAAUGACAUGCCCCUGUCACCCCUGCCACUACUCACCUGUGUAAGUUAAUAAAGUGUAAUAUUUAU